AUGUCCUCCAGCUCCCCACCGGGCGAGCAGAAAAGCCGGAGCCUGGGCCGGCUGUCGCUGCCCAGGAAAGGCAGCAUGACGCUCGGCAAGAAGCCCUCGGCGCUGGAGCUGGCCGACAGCACCCCCAACGCCCACUACGCCCCGCUCUCCGCCGCCCAGGGCGGGCAGCCGCCGGCGGGCUGCAGCCCGGAGCCGGAGCGGGAGCGGCCGCUGCGCCUGAGGAGCGAGAUGGUGGUGGUGAACGCCGACUGCCCGCGGCCCCCCGUCAGCCUCGACCCUCGCGUCUCCAUCUACAGCCUCCGCAAGCCCCUGCUCAGCCGCAGCAGCGUCCAGGGCAGAGUCUACAACUUCUUGGAGCGGCCCACGGGCUGGAAGUGCUUCGUGUACCACUUCACCGUCUUCCUUAUUGUGCUGAUAUGCCUUAUCUUCAGUGUGCUUUCUACAAUUGAACAGUAUGCAGCUCUUGCUACAGGGACGUUAUUUUGGAUGGAAAUUGUAUUAGUGGUAUUCUUUGGAACAGAGUAUGUGGUUCGGUUAUGGUCAGCAGGAUGUCGCAGUAAAUACGUUGGAAUAUGGGGAAGGCUUCGUUUUGCUAGGAAGCCUAUUUCCAUCAUUGAUUUAAUUGUAGUUGUUGCCUCCAUGAUAGUUCUUUGUGUGGGCUCUAAAGGUCAAGUCUUUGCAACCUCAGCUAUCAGGGGCAUCCGUUUUCUGCAGAUCUUACGAAUGCUGCAUGUUGACCGUCAGGGUGGUACAUGGAGGCUGCUGGGAUCAGUAGUGUUCAUACACAGACAAGAACUGAUAACUACACUCUACAUUGGAUUUCUGGGCUUGAUUUUUUCCUCUUAUUUUGUGUACCUGGCUGAAAAAGAUGCUGUAAAUGAUUCUGGAGAAACAGAGUUUGGCAGCUAUGCAGAUGCCCUGUGGUGGGGAGUAGUGACUGUUACAACUAUUGGCUAUGGGGAUAAAGUGCCUCAGACCUGGAUAGGGAAGACCAUUGCAUCUUGUUUUUCAGUAUUUGCGAUUUCAUUUUUUGCACUACCUGCGGGAAUUCUUGGUUCAGGCUUUGCCUUAAAGGUACAACAGAAACAAAGACAGAAGCAUUUCAACCGUCAAAUUCCAGCUGCUGCCUCUCUCAUACAGACUGCGUGGAGAUGCUAUGCAGCAGAAAACCCAGACUCUUCUACAUGGAAAAUAUACAUUCGAAAACCUGCCAGAAAUUACCAUUUGCUGUCACCCAGUCCAAAACCGAAGAAAUCAGUGAUGGUUAAAAAGAAGAAAUUUAAGUUAGACAAGGACAAUGGGCCUUCUUCUCCAGACAGGAUGUUAACUGUUCCGCACAUCACUUAUGACCACGUGACGGAGGACAGAAAACCUGAUUUCAGUUUUGAAGCAUAUGAAAAUUCUGGACAAACAGGAAUGUUAAAAUUGCUUGAUUGUCAGCGCUCCUGGCCAUCCUUUUCCGCAGACCAGCAGUCUUCCAGCGCUCCUUCCUCGCCAGUGAAAAAAAGCCCGACGUUUUUAGAUGUGAACACAGGACCCUUCAUCAGGACCAACAGCUUUGCCGAUGAGCUUGACCUGGAGGGUGAGACACUGUUGACCCCAAUAACUCACAUCUCACAGCUGCGAGAACACCACCGCGCUGCAAUUAAGGUGAUUCGCAGGAUGCAGUAUUUUGUGGCCAAGAAAAAGUUUCAGCAAGCUAGAAAGCCCUAUGAUGUCCGAGAUGUUAUUGAGCAGUAUUCUCAGGGCCACCUCAACCUGAUGGUGCGAAUCAAGGAGUUACAGAGGAGGUUGGACCAAUCCAUAGGGAAGCCAUCUCUUUUUAUCUCCGUCUCAGAAAAAAGCAAAGAUCGAGGGAAUAACACGAUUGGUGCCAGGCUGAACAGAGUGGAGGACAAGGUUACACAAAUGGACCAGAAACUGAACCUCAUUACAGAUAUGCUGCAUCGUCUGGUUUCCCGUCAGCAGGGGGAUCAAGGGAACAACAGAUCAUCUCAGAGAGGCAACAACGUCAAUUCGGAUCUUUUCCUCCCCAAUAACACCCUGCCGACCUACGAGCAACUGACAGUACCGAGAAGAAACGAAGAUGAGAUAUCCUGAUGUGGUGUAAGUCUGGGUUGGGUUCUUCCCACCUUUCUCCUUUAAAUGGGACUGAAUGUUGAGAACCUGGAAAGAAUUAAGUUCAUCAGCCAUCCAAGAAAUCACGCGACUACUGUAUCUAUACCACUAGUCUCAAAUACGCUCUUCUAAUGCCGCUCGUAAUAGCUGAAGGAUUGCCAGGCUGUCUUCUACCAGGCAAAACUUACUGAAGCUCCACGUUGAUUUUGUUCACGAACAAAUGAUCACAACUCAUUAUUUCUCAGAAAGACCAAAACUAUGUAAAGACAGGCAAAAUGACAAGGAUUUAGAGCUCCUUUAAUAAUAAUAAUAAUAGUAAUAAUAAUAUUCUAAUAAUACUUGAACUUAGAUGGAAAAAGUGCAUUCUGUUCAUGAAUCUGCAGAUAGCAAUAUAUUUCUACUACUAAGGUUUUUAAAACAAACUAGGAUAACUUAUGUUGUUUUUAUUAUAUAAACAUACACUAACAUUCUAAAGAAUGACAAACCACAUACUGAAUGAUCUUCUUUUUCUGUUUUAUUUUAUCGUUGCUACAUAAACAGUUAUCAGAUAAUGACCAGGUUUUUUAAAUCUGUUUUUCUUCAGGGAGGAACUAAUCCUUAAUCUGG